AUGAACGUUGAAUAAAUUUUACAAGGUCUCAAUCCAAAUACUACUAAUAUUAAUUUAGAGUUUAGGUAUAAAAUAUAUUCGAUAAUAAGGUAACUUGAUAGCAUCAAUCAUUUAAUUGAGAAUUUUGCUAGAUUUCAAAGAUUAAAAUAUGUAAUAGAUUUUAUACUAUUUUUAAGAUUAAUCUAUAAGGUAAUAACCUUACUUAAUUGAGCAAUAACUUAGCAAUACUAUUCAUAGAAGAAUUGGAUAUAUCAUAAAACCCUUUGGAUUUUGAAAUUGUUAUAAAGCAAUUAUAAUAAUUAUCUAAGUUAACGAAAUUGCAGAUCACAAUAAAACCUGAAGAAGCUUAAAUAAUAUAAGAAUGUUUACCACAAUUGAGAUUUCUUAACAAUCGUGAAAUUAACCCUGUAGCUUUUAAACAAAAAGAUUUAGAAUAAUAUGCAAUACAAUUUGAAAAAUUGAUAGAGAUAUCAAAAGAUGAUAGGUUAAGAAACCUAUUUGAUGAACAUGUUAAGAAUGUGAUGAAAGAUCUCUCCUUAAGAUUAUCAAAGGAUUUGCCUGUAUUUAAAGCAAAGACUCAUUUAUUAAGAGCAAAAUAUGCUUUAUAGGAACUGAAUUUUAAUAUGAUAAUUGAAUAUACUUAAAAUUUAGAUUAGAAAGUGAGUUCAUACUUAUAAAUGGUUCAUGAUGAUCAUGCAAAUAUUUUUAAAGAAUUAACGAACAUCAUAUUAAGUCAAGAUUCAAUGAAUCCAGUAAGUUAAUAUAUAGAAAAAUUGGAGAAACAAGAGUUAUUGAUAAAGUAAUUGGAAUCAGACUUAUAAGAGUAAUAAUAAACAAUAUAAAUGUGUUAAGAAGAGAAUCAAAAAUAUUUAGACCUGAUAAUUAGACAUGGAAAAGCUAAUUAUGAUUCAAAAUAAUCAUAUUAAAAUUUUCAAUAAUAGUAACAGGCCUUGAAACCCACUAAUAAAAAAAUUGAUACUUCAAUUAUAAAGGAAAAAUCUUUACAAAGUAGUUAAUAAAAUGAGGGAUCUUUAUUGUCCACAGCAAAAUUAAUACCAUUAAAAUUAUUGAAAGAAUAGAUUUAAGAAAUUUAUGAUUCUAAAGCUAAAUAUGAUUAGAAAUGCUAAGAGACAAAAUAAGCAAGGGAAACUAUGGAAUAACAUAUGUACACAUAUUUUAACUAAAAAUAUGGAUUAAAGGUAAUAUCAAUAUUAAUUUAAUUAGAAUAUUAUAAUUGAAUAGGCUAGUACUAUAAUUUAGAGUGUUAAAAGAUUAAGCUAGGAAGAUAAUGAUAUAUGUGUUUUUGGUAAAAUUUUAAGAAAUGAAUGUGAUGAAGAAUUUAGAUUUGUUCAAAUUUAAGUAAAAUAAACAAUUGCAGAACUGUUACGCAUGUUUUUGAGAUAGAAAAACCCUUUAAAAAAUAUGACAGAUAUCAAAGAAAUUUGGAAUUAGAAAAUACAAAAUUACUUAAGUUUUGAAGAAUGUUAAGAAAUUGUAACUUAUAUGUACAAUCAAGAAGAUAGUUAAGUUUUAUUAUAAAAAUUGAACUAGAUUAAAUUAUAAGGCAAUAAAUUAGAAUAUUGUUAAUUUGUAUCUUCUAUCUUAGAUUUUUAACUAUUCACUCAUGAGAAAUAUUUGUAGAAGUUUCUUAAGCUAUUCAGAUAAGUAGAUAUAGAGAAAAAAGGAUAUUUAUCAGAUGUAAAAUAUAUAUAAUCUUAAAGGUUUAAUUUCGAUAAUUGAUGAAUUCGACAAAUCUAAAUUUAAGUGAGGAUGAAAUAAAUAAAUUUAUGUGCAUACUUGAUCCAUUUAAUACUUAAUAAAUGACAUUUUCUUCAAUAGUCUCAUUGCUAUCAAGUGUUGGAAGAAAUCAAGUGACUUUAUUAUAAAAAAUUUAAUGA